AUGUACCGACCACGUUUUAAUGUCCCGCUGGGGGCUAGCAGGGGACAGAACUUCGGCUCUGGACAUGGGAGGGAACCAGAGGAUUUCCAAAAGAAUCAGAGCAAAGACACCGGCCAACCUAAUCAACCUCAAACUUCAAAAGUACCCCCUGGUCCUCAAAAAACAUUUGGUCCCGAGAAUAACAGAUGGAAAUCAUCAUUUGAGACAGUUGCAGAUGAUGAAAUCAACGAGGAAUCCAGCAGUGACAAAAGGUCUCCGGACAGAAGACACAUGCCUCACUUAUACGACCCCUUCAAGUCCGACUCGGAGGACCACCCAUCUGAAGAAAAGCUUGAGGACAGGCAGCAGUCGAGGAGUGGCUGGGAGACGGACUCAUGGAGUCAGUCGCUAAGUCCUGACCGUCCACUGUUCUCCGCUCAAAACACAGAAUCUGCAGAAAGAGGCGGCUACAGCUCUGGAGGGAGGACGGAGGAGCACAUGGCUGACGGCUAUCGGCCAGAGUCGCCAAUGCCACCGUCGCAGCAAAUGCCACCUCCACCGCACCAGAUGCCACCUCCACCGCACCAGAUGCCACCUCCAUCGCACCAGAUGCCACCUCCACCGCACCAGAUGCCACCUCCAUCGCACCAGAUGCCACCUCCAUCGCACCAGAUGCCACCUCCAUCGCACCAGAUGCCACCUCCAUCGCACCAGAUGCCACCUCCAUCGCACCAGAUGCCACCUCCAUCGCACCAGAUGCCACCUCCACAACAUCUGCCACCCCCACAAUAUCUGCCUCCGCCGCAUCUGCCACCACCGCAUCUGCCACCGCCGCAUCUGCCACCAUCGAUACUCAAACCACCGCCAUCACAACGCAACUACCCUCAGUCCUCUGGGUUUGCAGCAGGCUCGGGUCCACCUCCCAGACCAGAGGCGCAGGCCCCCAGCAAAAACGCAUUGCUAACUGAAAAGAACCUGAUGAGCUGUGACCUGUGUGAGGUGGAGGUCUCUAACGGGCAGGAGCUGGAGGAGCAUCUGGACAGCAAGACUCACUGGGACACGCUGGAGUUCAUCCAAAAGAACAACAAAUACGACGACAUGGCCAUCGCCUUCCUCCAGGACGUGAUGCUGUACAAAAGCCAGAAGUGCAGUCGAGCCAUUGAUCACACUGCUCUCCAAGCACUGCAGGAGUACGAUCACAUGACUAAGGUGGAAAUGUUCCACUGUGCGCCCUGCAACGUGUUCGUCCCCACGUCUGCCCCGGCCGUAAAGAACCACAUCUCCACACAACAACACAGGAACAGCACAAAGGAGUUUGAGGCCAGACAGAGGCGGUUAUGUCUUGAUAAAGCCAGUACGAUGAUGGAGCAGCUCAUGCCACAGUUUCAGGCCUUUGUUAAGGGUGUGAGUCCAUUUGAAUGA